AAAAAAAAAAAAAAAUGAAGAGAUUAUGGAGGGUACAAGUGCUGCAACACGGCAUCUUUACUUUGUUUCUGCUGCUCCUAGUCCUCACUUGGACACAAGCCAAUGAUGAUGUGCUCAUGUUGAUGGCUUUCAAGAAAUUCUCUGUUACCUCAGAUCGUCAUGCUGUCUUGGUUAACUGGACUGAUACUUCUUCCAGCCCCUGUUCCUGGCAUGGAGUCACUUGCUCUCCUGAUGGCCGUGUUUCCACUCUCGACCUCAGCUAUGCGGGUCUUGUUGGGAGCCUGCACCUCCCUAAUCUCACCGCCAUGUCCGCCCUCCGCGGUCUCUAUUUGCAAGGGAAUUCCUUUUCCGCCGGGGAUCUCUCUGCCUCGUCCUCCUGCAUGCUCGAAACCCUCGACUUGUCUUCCAAUAACUUCUCCGAUGCCUUCCCGGGCCAAGGGCAAUCCUUCUUCUCUUCUUGCGAUCGUCUGGCUUAUGUUAAUAUGUCUCGCAAUUCAAUUCCUGGGGCUGGGGGUAGGAUACCUUUUGGUCUUUCUUUGCUGCAGCUUGACCUUUCUCGCAAUAAGAUUUCUGAUUCAGCCCUCUUGGCUUACUCUCUUUCUAGUUGCCAGAACUUGAAUCUGCUCAAUUUUUCUGAUAACAAGCUCGGCGGGAAGCUCAGUGUGACUUCCAUUUCUUGCAAGAAUUUUUCAAUUCUUGAUCUCUCAUACAAUUUGUUAUCCGGGGAGAUACCGCCUUCUUUUGUGGCUGACUCUCUCAAUCUCAAGCAUCUUGAUCUCUCAUUCAACAACUUCUCCGGUGAGUUCUCCUUCCUCAACUUCAGGUGCUGCCGCAACCUCACCGUGCUCAAGUUAUCUGGGAACAACCUUUCUGAUACCCAGUUCCCGACCAGUCUGGCUAGCUGUACACUUCUUGAGGUGUUUGACUUGUCCCAUAUGGGCCUGAAAAACAAUAUUCCGGGUUCCUUGUUGGGAAAUCUCAAGAAUUUGCGGCAUCUAUCUCUAUCCCAUAAUCAGUUCACUGCUUGAAGG